AUGAUAAACCAACAGUGUCAAGACAGCCUCUGCACACAAUCUGUGGAGGUGUUCGUUGAACAAGUAGGCCAAUAUUACUGCGGUCCAUGUGCAGGAUUGUUGCAUAGCGACAAGCCCCACACGCAUAUUCCGAAUCCUAGGACAAGUUACUCUUGCAUCGAAGAGGGAUAUCACAUCUUGGAUAAGAUCAAAGCCAUGAAGGACACCAAGAACCUCGGAAAUGCUUGGUCUCAAUACCUGUCUGAUCUGAAGGAGCUGGAAAUUGAGCUUGAAGAUCUGAGAGGUAGAUAUUAUAAGAUCAAAGACAAGAGAACCCUAAUUGACCUUCCCUCUCUCCAAACAGACUGCUUUAAUUGAAUUACUAGGCUCUAUGAGUCUGAAGCUAUGCAGGCUUAUGUGAGAGAACAAAUGACUCUCGGCAUGAAGCUCAGUAAAGACCAGGUCGAGUACUGUCCCAGCAAAAAAUCAAAGAAUCAACGCAAAGCUGAGCUAACUGCACUGGUCAAUGAGGUUGAUCUACUUGCUAAGGAUUCAAUUCCUGUCUUAAAUGUUGAAGAGACCAAUCCAUCAGAACUGAAAGUUAAGCUAGAUGAUAUUGCGACAUCACUUGAACAACUCAAGAGCAGAGAGUCACAACAAGUUAUUCAUGAAGACAGAAAGUAUAAUGAAGAUGAAGCCUCCAAAGAAAUUGAAGAAAUGAAGCAUGAGAUUGAAGACCUUACACAAAAACUUAAUGAUCAGACUCCAAUACCCACUCACGAAUCUUUCAAUGAACUAUAUGCAAAAGUCACUGGAGAAACUGGCAAAGUUUUCACUAGUGGUUCUAGCAUUACCUUUGACUUGUCAAAGUCAAGCUUCCAGACUCUAAUGAAAUGCUUCCAACACUAUAAACUCCCAGAACUAAACUCAGUCUACAUCUCAAACAUCAACAAGUUCAACCAGCCUCUGAUCAUCACCAACUUCAUGAAGAAUGCCAUCCACUCCAAGAUCAAACAGUUCUAUUUCAACUUCACUCCUAACACAGACAAUAACUUCAGUGCAAACUUCAGUUUAAAUUACUUUGAAGCUCUUAAGAAAGUUGCCUCUGUUAUUCCUGACUAUUUUUUUUAUGUUAUAAACUUUACUCUGAGCCAGACAGAGUACCAGGAUCUUCUAGUGGCUGCUAGGAAGUGAAAGACAGUUUGUACGUAUUAUUGUGACAUUGAGAUCAAUGAAGAAUGUAAUUUUGGAACUAGACUGGAUGAUGCUAAGUUUACAAAUUUAAGGUUUUAUCAAACUGGAGAUGAAAAGCAUGGAGAUUGGAAAAGAGAAGGGUUCGUUCAAUUUAAGAAUUUGAUUGCAGGGCUCUCUAAAGUGCAGUAUGUCAGAGAUACUAAGGUUGAUAUUUACCUCGAUCAAUGUGGAAUGACAAAGGCUGAAGCAAGACAAAUGUUGGAUACUGUUGGACUCAAGAAAAUGAAUCCUACAGGAAUUAGCUAAUCAGAUCAAUUAUGAAUUUCAACAUCAAAAA